AUGGCCGUCAUCAAGUCUGGAAAAGUUGUUAUUGUCCUUGCCGGAAGACACGCAGGAAAGAAGGCUGUUGUAGUCAAGACAUUCGAUGAGGGAAACAGUGACAAGAAAUUCUCCCACUGCCUUGUUGCUGGACUUGCUCGAGGACCACGAAAGGUCACUCGCUCCAUGAGCAAGAAGAAGGUUGAAAAGCGAACUAAGACAAUGAAGCCAUUCGUUAAGUACAUCAAUGUCCGUCACAUCUUCCCCACCCGUUAUGUUGUAGACCUCGACCUUAAGAAGGCCGUUGAUGAAGCCGACUUGGUGGAUGCUGAGCGCAAGGUUGAUGUUAAGAAGAAUUUGAAGAAGCUUUUCCACGAGAGAUACCUGAACCAAAAGGAUAUCACAAGCGAAAAGAAGGCACAAGGCAGCAACUACUUCUUCCAAAAACUAAGAUUCUAA